AUGGACGUUGUAAAGCAGUUUGAUGAUGGCAGUGUGGAGUUUACAGCAGAGUGCUAUUUGCCAAAAGAGCUAAUGGACAGGGCUAUCAACUACGCCUACUGUGUGGAUAACACCACUGGCCAUAGGCAGUUCAUUUCAGAGCUUUUCUAUGAUGGUACAUCUCCACAUGGGAGUAUUGGACGCUUUUUGAACAUUCGGAGAAGAAGCCUCUCUAAUGAUACUUGGCACCAGUUUGAUGGUUUUGUCUAUGGAAAGCUUGAUUCCAACUUCUUCAAAUUUGUUAAGAAAAAGUUUCUGGGAAUUGAUGAUCAUGAAAAAGUCAUGAGGGCAGAUGCUGAAAAAAUGUUGAAAUACCAGUUCCAGAAGUUUUUGCAUGACCUUCAGUCACAAAUUAUGACACCAGAAGAAUUCUUUCACAUCCUAAAAUCUCUAAUAUCAGGAUAUACUUACGUGUACCAGUUUAGGGGGAAAAUUUGGAACUCUGUAACAGACUUUGAGGGUUUUUCUGGAAAGAUAUUUAAACAAUGUAUAGGGACUGUUGUGCAAAGGAUACACGAAGAAGCCUUACCAGAACACCUGAAAAUUGGCAUCAUCCUCUCUCUGAUACAUGCCAUCAACUCCUAUUUGCCCUUUUCAAAGGAAGAUGAGAAAGCUAUAGAAGCACUUUGCUUACUUCUCCAACUACAUCCAUCAAAAGAAGACCAAACUCACAUUAAAAGAACACAUGAAGAGAUUAAAGUGUUGUUUCCACAUACUCUGAAGGAUGUUACAGCUUCGCUACAGUCAACAAUUAACGUCCUAGUUGGUAUGACUAAUAACACUUGCUGGCUGUUUGUGGUACCUUUACUUCACUUUAUGUCAGGAAAAACUGUCCCAUAUGAAAAACCAUCAACAGAGACUGGUCACAGUGACUAUAAACCUGUGUGGUGGGGUGUUGAGGAGUACAAAAAGAAUCCAGAAUAUUUUGCCGGGAAAACAUCCUGGAACAUAGGUUUUAAUGAGCUGCUUCAGAGACUAGCACCAUUGUUUGAUGUUGAUUACUUUUUACCACGUACCUUGAUGACUGUUGUCAAAAUGGUUGAUAUGAAAGAUGCUGUGAGAUCAAGGCUGUUCCCACCAGAUUUGUGUGUAGCUAAGCUGUAUUAUCUUAUAAAGUCAAACUCACUGAAGCUGGAAGAACAUAAGAUUAUACCAGACAUGUUAAAUGAAAUUUCUGCACAAGUCCUGAAAAGCUGUGAUGGAAAGCAAAAUGGAGAUGCUGUAUCAAAGGAGAUGAGAGAGCAUUUGCAGAAUGACAUGUACAGACUGUAUGUCAUAGGAAAUGACCUACUGAAGGAUAUGCUUUUUAGUACUUCACCUCCAGAAGUUACAGUUGCUUGUACUGCCAAGGUUGUCCUGCUGGCACUGGCUUCAUUUCGGGACCUGAAAGAGGGCAAAACAGACCAAAAAACAAGAAGUAGUUCGAAAAAAUACCCAAAAGAUCAUUCAGCAAUAUUUCAGGAUGUUGGAGACAGAGUUGUUCGGUUUCUGAGCUUGCAGCAUACAUCAAUGUAUGAUCAAGAGAGAUGCAGGCAAAGUCUAUUGGUCUGGGAUAUGAUUCUGAACAUAUCGGAGCCAUCGAAUAUGCUAAUACAGGAAGGAUUCCAGGAAAAAGUAAAAAAUGCAUUGGAGAAAAGGCUUGAAUCUAAGAUAUUUGAUGUUAUUCUGGCUGUUUACUGUGAUCACCUGACAGAAUUUGGGAGUGUGAUACAAGAUCUCUUGAGCAGAUUUGCCUUCAAGGCUUUGGAAAAGGGAUCAAUCAUUUCAAGACAUGACUCCCGAUCACAGGAUGAAGCAAAUGCACGUUAUGCAGGACUCUUGUCGCGUGUAUUUCAAAAGCAUUGGGGUGGUAUGACAGAGGAACAGUUGUUUCAAGAAGCUAUUAAGUGGACCCCUUUUGUGCAUUUUGUGGGCAUGUUCUAUUUGGCCAAGGAAGGAAAGCACUUAAGUGAUGAAAGUGGUCUACAGCUUACCAAGGCCACAACUGCAGUUGAGGACAGAAUGAAACAGUUAGAAAAUGGAACAAUUUUGGUGAAGGAUCAUAGUGUCAUCUGUGCAAACUUUAACCAAUUUGACAAACUUAUCACGCUGAUGAUGAAAAAGGACAAUUGUGAGAUUAGCCCAACAUACAUCAGACAACUGGUAGACCUGAGGGCAAAGGAGCUACAGGCAUUUCGGGAAGCCUAUAAUCUCGUGACCGUCCUGAUUGAUAUGUGCACUCGAAUUGAAGUUGAUAGAGAAGCUUUAGAAGGACGACACAGAUCCUUACAGGAUUGUAGCAAUGUACAAAUGGCACAACUUUGUAAACCUGGAGUUCUGGAUGAACUAAUGCACCCAGAGCAGUACCAGCCAGUGGUGACAGCCUUCAAUCUAAGCCCAGAAGAACUAGAGUUACUUCCAUAUAUGAAACAUUGUAUCAGCAGCUUAGUCUUCACCAACAAAUGGGACAGCACAGGCCACAAGACCAUACGACAGAUAGAAAGGAAAUUGUCAGUUGCUGAGAUAUUUGAACAUGUAUGGCAACCGUCCAUAGAUUGGUGGAACUCUGUCAGGGGAAAGGUCAAACAAGGAUCAAUGACAUUUAAGGAAUUUGACGAAAUGUUUGGCCAACAUGACUAUCAAGUCAUAAAAAAGGAAUUCACUUUAAUGGAGGAAAAUGGACGUUGGAUAGAGGAACGUAUGAAGCAGAUUAAGUUGUUCAGAGAUCUCAAAAAUUGUGUACAAGGAGCCAAGAUCAUCUUAGAGGUCGUAGAGGCCUAUGGACUAAAGGGAGACUUCACACCAAUACAGCUUAUUACAUCUGUCAUGAGUGGCACAGACAUAGCGAUGAAUGACUUGGACGAGUCCCUGAGGCAGACCUGCUCAGUCCUUGGUGGUGUACAGGAAAGUCACAUUGUGUGUCUCAGAGAGUUCAUCAACUGUGAACCACUCAUACUCUGGCUGAAGGAGUCUAUGCCAUCUGGGUUGAAGGAACUGAAGGUAUUUGUGGAUCUAGCCACUAUCUCUGCUGGAGAGGGCGAUAUAGAGAUUGCCAAGGUGCGAUGUUUACACUCAGCCACCACGGGAUAUGCUCCACUGAUCUUCAACCUCACAGACGAUAUAGGCUACAAAGACUUCCUGAACAAAUGUGAAUUGGUGUGGAAAGAGCUGGAAGCUGAUCCAAACCUUCACAAGAAGUUGCAUGAUACUAACAGACAAAUCGAAUGGCUGAAGACCGUGAAAAAGGCUCAUGGCUCUGUUGAAGUUACCUCCCUUGCCCAAACAGAGGCAAUUAACUCAGUUGGGAUUUAUCAGGUUGGACGUUUACCGGAUCAAAAAUGGGACCAAAAACCGGAGUUAAAAGAUGUGAUCAGUCUACAUGUGUCGGAAGAUGAGAAUGGAGCAAGGCAGAGAAAACUGUACCACUACGACAUGCUUCAUGAUCUACAGAGUCGACUCAUGUUGGUGGCUGGCAAGGCAGAGAAGGGCAAGGAUGACGUGGAUCGUUUUACAUUGAUUUUGGAUUCAGUUGUUCGCCUUGCCAACACCUAUAUCAAACUGGUGUCAUCAGGAUGUGUGUUGUUCUCCGAAUGGAAAGCCAGGUUCUUGUGUGACAGAAGUCGAAAGGCUUGUUCCUUCAUCACUUUUGGGACGGGAGAUAAUGUGAAUAGCUUGAAAGGAAGGAAAGCCACAGAGGAUGAUGAUGUCAGCUCAAUCGUUCCACGAAUUGCUAAAUUCAUGGAGAAAUGCUAUGACCAAUGGCUACAGUAUAUUGCAGACAAAAGAGAUAAAUACUACGAACUGAACCAUCUUACCAUUGACCAAAUGGUUAUUCUUCAGAAGGAACUUGUCAAGGUUGGAACUGAGCAGGAACCAUCUAAGCUCAUCUUUCCCCUGCUAUCGGCAAUAAAGAAAGAUUGUAGUAUGUCUGAUCUGAUUUCUGCCAUGAAAACUGCCAAGAGAGAGGUUGAGAAUAUGGAUGAAAUUCGGGAUGAGGAAAUGUCAGAAACAUCUUCUGACAAAGAGAUGGAAGAGGGUGAAGAGGAAGCAUUAUUUAUUCAGGAAGUGGUGAAAACAGGCUUUACUGUAGAACUUGCCAAGAAGGCUUUGCAUCAUUUCAAGGCAGAUGAAAUAGAUGAAGCUGUAGUAUGGUGCAUGGACCAUGAUGAAGAGUCUGACACUGAUGAAGUCAUGGAUGUUGAACAGAAUGUAAAUGAGGAAGGGACUGAACCCCCAGAUGAGGAAUACCAGGGCUGGACAAACACACCACUGUCAAUCUCAACUGUUACUUCAGAACUUCUAUCCACACUCGAACACAUAAACCAAGAAGUGCGAGUGGACCCACUUAUCAAGGAACUUGAGAAGCUAUGGGAGAGGUUUCUGACGUCCAUUUCCUCCAGUGUGUCUGACUACUUGAGUGUAGAACACCUUGGGCUUGUCCUCGAAUGUCUUGCAGGCAAAGAAACAUUCAGUAUGAGAAGACACCUGAUCCAGAGUUUUAAGGAGGGGGAACCAAAUCUCAUCAUUUGUCCCCAAAAUGACAUUCUCAACACAGUAUUAACCAUCUACAUGAAUGACAGACAAGAACCUCUACCACAGCCUGAUGAGGUCCUCAUCUGUUCUGGUCAUACAACCCUGGACCAGUUGGAUAUAUUCUGGAGACGAGCUGUUUUUAAUCAGAGUGGCCAGAUCUACUGUCUGGCUAACUCUGACCUUCUGGACUAUGAAGUCAGUGACAAGGGGGAACAAUGUCUAGAGAGACACAUGCAAAAAGCCAAAGAGAAGGGUAUAAAGUACAGACUGGUUGUCCUGUGCAGCACAGAAAAUGAAUAUAAAUCCAGAAUUGUUGCUGCAUUAGAGAGGUUCCGCAGGCCACAACUUCCUGUAGCCAACCAACAACUCAUCCAAAGCUACCUCCAAGACAAGCUGAAAAUAAGCAAGGCACAUACGAAAAUCAGCCCAGCAUCUUCAGUGGAUUUCGGAGGGUCAACCGUGCGAGUAGUGAAGUCCUGGAGAGCUGGGGUGGGGAAAUCUCUGUACAAGACAAGAAAGGCUACAGAUCUGAAGGAUCUGUACCCUAACAUCAAGAGAACGACUGAUGCAGUGGUGUCCAUUCCUCUCCACGAGAAGGAAAUUGAUGUGGACAUGAUCAUGAACAGAUUACUAGAGUGUACAUUGCCAGCAGGCCAGUUAGAGCCAAGAAUCUUCCACAUAGACAUAUCAUAUGAGGUGGGUAAUAGUUGUAGACAGGAACCUUCCACAUAGACAUAUCAUAUGAGGUGGGUAACAGUUAGAGCCAAGAAUCUUCCACAUAGACAUAUCAUAUGAGGUGGGUAACAGUUAGAGCCAAGAAUCUUCCACAUAGA